AUGAAAUCUCACGUCCCUCUUCUGAUUUUCCUUACUUCGCUCACGGUAGCAAAAUCCUUCGCUAUAGCCGCGGGCCUUAUUCCUCAGCGUUUCACCCCCGAUGUCAUAACCGGGGUCCAAUUCAACGACAUCGUAGCAUUCUUCUUCAUCGGCAACGGCACGCAUACCGUAACAAGUGGUCCCAGUCCCUGCGUCGCAGACGGACGAUUCCACUCUGGCGAAAUAUCAGGGAAACCCUUGAACGCAGAUGGCAGUGCACCUAUUGACGCCACUCUAUUCGCAUUUCGACUCACCUCCGACAAUCCCGUCUACUUCUACAGCGCCACCGGCACAGACUGCAAGGAUGGAAUGGUAGGCGUGGUAAACCCGCGGUUGCCAAAUGACUUGGAUCAAUAUCGAAAAAUAGCGGCGACGCGGGACAAGGCUAGCGCGCCUGGUAUUUCUGGAGGUGGUAUUGUGGUUGUUGGUGGUCAGGUUACUAUUACGAGGACGCAUAGCGCGACGACGGAAACUAUGGUUGUCGUACCUAGUAGUAGUGAGAACGGGUGGCAUGUUAAUUUUGGGGAUAGAACGAGUAGUUUGAGUGGAAUGAGUACUGGGACCGGGAGUGUAGUGAAGACAACUAGUUUGCCGGUUGAGCAGAUGGUAGGGACAACAGCGAAUUCUGCUUCAGCGAUAAUGUCGAUGGGUAGAUCUUCGGCCAACGGAACACCUCUAUCGCCGUCUGCUUCAACUUCUAUUCGGAAGACUUCUGCGGGUUCGUCGAACAACAAUCCAACGGCAAAGCCAACGAACGAUGCUUCGACAGCACCUACGGCAACACCUACGACAACUUCUGCGGGAACUUUGACAGAGACCAAGACUUCGACAGGAUCUCAAAAUUCCUUUGCCGCAAUAAGCAUCAUUGUCUGUGUGGUCGUUGUAGUUAUGUCAUCGUCGGUAAUCCUUUUUGGUUGGUAG